AGGGACUAUGUCUCUCGGCUGGCCUGGGAACGCCUUGGGAUCCCACCGGAGGAGCUGGAGGACGUGUCUGGGGUGAGGGAAGUUUGGGAGUCCCUGCUUAGACUGCUGCCCCCGCGACCCGGCUCCGGAUAAGCGGAAGAAAAUGGAUGGAUACUUUAUAGAUGAUAAAUGAAAGAGAAACUAUAGCGUCAUGGGACAUACUUAAUGAAUGGUCGGACAAACAUUAUCAUGGAUUUGAGUAAACCAGCCAAAUACCAUGGGUUGAUGAACCAGGGAGCUACGUGUUACCUAAACAGCGUCCUGCAGGUGCUGUUCAUGACCGAAGACUUCAGAGAAAGCGUCAGAAAGAACAAUGCACGGACGGAGCAGAUUGACAAAGAGCUGAGGGAGCUGUUUGAAGACUUGGAACGAUAUACUGCCUAUACAUAUAAAAUUACACAGAAGCUCAGGAUCGAAAAUGUGUAUGAGCAACGUGAUGCAGCAGAGCAUUAUGAGAAGAUUUUACGUCUGAGCAGUCCAGAGGCGGCCCAGAUUUUUCAUGGAGAACUGAUAAACAAGAACAUAUGUAAGGAGUGUCAAACUACAUUUCCGAGGGAAGCUGGAUUCUGGAGUCUGCCUCUUCCCCUGGUGAACGACAACAAUGAAUACAGCGUGGAAAAGGGCAUUGAGGACUUCUUCCGUUCAUCAGAGAUCAGUGGAGAUGAUCAGAUGUACUGUGAGACAUGUGAUAAAAAAUGCGAUGCAGUUCUGGCUUGUGAGGUGAAACAUUAUCCAGAAGUCUUGGUGCUGUUGUUGAAGCGCUUUGAGUUUGACUACAGAUACAUGACUUAUGUCAAAAUCAACCAGCCUGUGAAUGUGCCCCAGACUCUACAGAUGUCAGAGAAUCACUUUUAUAACCUGUAUGCCAUUGUGGAACAUUCUGGAGAACUGAGAUUUGGACAUUAUAUUUCCAUUAUCAGACCUCAGAAUGAUGAUAUAUGGUAUAUUUUUAAUGAUUCUACGGCUCCAUAUAGUGCUUCACCAACAUUGGAAAGAUCCCAUACAGCUUAUCUACUGUUUUAUCGAAAACAUAAAGAAACUCAUGAAGACAAUAGCUCCAAUGAGAUCAGCAAACCAACUGAGAAGGAGCAAGUUCCAGCAAAACCAGAAAAUGAAGAAACACCAACCAAACCUUUGCUGAAGAGGUCAUUUGACAAGAAUCAACAAGAAUACACGAUUGUUGUGAAGAAACCAAAACAGAAGCUGAGUGUAGAUGAAGACUAUUUGGAUCUGAAAGGUCAGAAAUGUCUAGAAUUAGACAACUCCUCGAGUCAGCAAAUGUGUGACCCUAAUGUGCUGGGAUUAAACAAAGAAAGGCAAAGUAGUGAGUGUUCAGUAGAUAAUAGCAACAUGGGGUUUAGUAAUGAACAACGUGAACAACACAACGUGAAGGACGAGUCCAUUGAACAUGUUAAGCAGGAACCUCAGCCAGAAAUUAAGCAAUCUUUUGCAUCUACGAAAACAGAUCACCUCAGUCAUGUGUAUGCAAAUCAGGAAACUUUUGAAAUUGUGCAGACAGAAAUGAGAAAGGAAGAAUGUUCUAUAAAACUACACUUAAAGCAAAAUGUAAACAACCAGGGAAGUGAAACUAGAGAGAAUGAUUGUAAGGGGUUUGGAAGAUGUGAGGGUUUGCAGUCAUGCUCAGAUCUUGAUGUUAAUACAAAAACAGCAAAGGGUAAUAAUGAAGUAAUGACAGAAAAAAUAGAAGCAUCUGAAAACACAGGACUUUUAAGUCAAAUGAAGCCAAAUCAGGAAAAAUGUGACAGAUCAGAUAACUUAGGAGCAGACACUAUAGUGAAUGCAAACAAUGGUAAAGGUGGUGGAGGUGAGGAUAGAUCUGAGAUUAAUCCUGGUUUACCAUUGUGUUUUAGUAAUCAAAAUGAACAGACAAUUGAAAUAAUGGCAACAGAAAAACAAGAGCAGGGGAUUGACCAGUCAGAAAAAAGAGUUUUUGCAAUGAAUAUGGAGGGAACAAUUGGGAGGACCAAUGAAGAUGAUUGUGAUAAAAGACAAGGCAUAAGUGCUGGAGGCAGUCCUGCUGAAAUAAACUUAAACAAUGCAAUAGAUAAAGUUAUACAUAAUACUGAUUACAGCACAGAUGACACCAGCUGUAUUGAAGUUAAUACACUUUCAAUGACACUCCAACCAGACAGAACAGCAUAUGUGAAGUUAGAUGAAAGGGAAAUGAACAAAUCAUGCUUAUUAAGGGAAAGUGGUAAAAAUGGCUAUGAGAAGGUAGAAAAAGAUUGUACAGGUGAUGGACUUUCCGAUAGAAACCACGCUGGGGAAUUCUCUAAGGACAGUGAGAUUGUUCUUGGUUUAAGUAGUGAACCUUUGUCAAAAAGUCAAUCAAUGGAAAGACUCAUGUCAGUGGAGGGAAAUAAAGAUAAGGCAGGGAGUUAUUGCAAGAAUAAUGUAGGUGGAGAUGUCGUUCAAAGCAAUAAUAAGGAUAUAAAAGCAGCACAUAAAAAGAGUGAUCCUGGUUGUAGUGCAUCUGUGAACCAAAACUUUCUCAGACAAUCUUUUUUAACAAUGCAGGAAGAUGAGGCAGGGGUACAAGGUGAGAAAAAUUAUCAAAAAAUGAAUGUAGAACAAUUGGAAAUAACUGAAAAAUCUGACUUGAGUUUAGAGGAUUCGCAAAGAACAGAGAGCCAAAUAGAUGCAACGGUGAAACCAAUGAAGAGGAUGACAAUAUAUGAGUAUCACCUGGAGAAUAUGCAAGGGUUGAAGGAUGGGAAAUUUAACAAAAGCCAAACAGAUAUGUGUGAGAGAGGAAAAACAAACAUUUCACCACCUCAAUCUCUCCCAGGUACAGAAACAGAAAAUCAUCAUAAUUUAGGAGAUGUUUCAUGCAAAACCCAUAACUUAAUAAAUAAUGAUAAGGCAGAGAGUUAUUGCAAGGAUAAUGUUGGUGGGGACGUCGUUCAAAGCAAUAAUAUGGAUAUAAAAGCUGCACAUAUCAGACGAUCUUCUUUAACACUGCAGAAAGAUAAGGCAGAGGUACAAGGUGAGAAAAAUGGUCUGAAAAUGAAUGUAGAACAACUGGAAAUAACCAAAAAAUCACACUUGAGAAAGAAAAUACCAUAUUCAGAAACAGAAUCCCAUUAUAGUUUAGGAGUAAGGUUUAGGAGAGAGCUGUUUGAGAGUUGUGUUGUGAUCAAAGAAGGAAAUCAAGACACAAUCAAGCUUACACUAAAGCCAAGAGAAAACAAUGACAAAACUACUAAAUGCUAUGAUGUUAGCAUGACAGAAAUGGAGUAAAAAAUAUAAUAUAUCAGUGACCUCUGCACAGAGUGAGAUCGCAAGAGGUACAAAUGAAGAAAAUGGGGGAAAUUAACUUAAUAAAGAUAGAAUAUCCAAGUGUCACUCAGGGUUUCUUUGGCAUUUCUUUUUUUUUUUUUUUUGUAAAAUUCAGUUAAAAAAGAGUAAUUGUAGGGAAAAAGACCGAAAAUAAAAGUUGGCAUUGGUGCUGUAAACCCAAAAAUGUACACAAUGCACAAUAAUCGUCUGUGCAGUACUCUGCAUACAUCUGACAGUUGUCAUGUUUUUUUGUUGCCACAAGCUGUUUAAAAAUGUUUACAUUGCAGUGCUUAUUUAUGUUUUAUUCAUAUUUAGACUGUAUAUGUAUGAAUAUAAAACUAUAACUGAUGCUUUAAUAACAGCAUAUAGUAUUUUAAUAUAGGUCAUGAAAAAUUGAAAUUAAAUAUAUACUUUUGUGUUUGUAUAUUUUGUGUGGCUGGUGACAUUCUCUAUAAAUGAAACUGAUUUGUACAAUGGGGGUGGAAAGUCAACUGUAUCAUUCUGUGGAAACAGAAGGUUAAAACCAAACCUUCUCUUUAUCUCCAAGGAGAACAUUCUCCUUGAAGAUAAAUAGUUUUUAUGCCAUACUGAAGAAUAUUAUAGCCAAAUGAACAUUUCCAUGGAAACAAUGGAGCCCACUCACAGUGAGGAUACAUGAUUUUAUAUGUUUUUCAUUGCAAUAAAAACAUUCAUAAUAC